AUGAAGUUUUCCGCAGUUUCCCUCCUCCUGGGAGCUGGUUCGGCACUCGCAGCACCCACGGAGCGUUCCGAUGUCGACGAUCGACAGGUACUCUGGCUCGCUGGCGACAGCACGAUGGCACCGGGCGGUGGACACAACGGUACCCAGGGAUGGGGAGAGUACCUGCACUACUCUCUCGACUCGUCAAAGAUCCGAGUCAAUAACUCUGCGUACGCUGGAAGAAGCGCGCGCACUUUCACGAGGGAGGGCCGGUUCCAGCGGAUCAUUGACGAAGUCAAGGCUGGAGACUGGGUUGUGAUUGAGUUUGGCCACAAUGAUGGACGUACGUAUUUGAGCUGCAUCGAUCCUACCUCUCCAAACAUGAGCUACUCUGACAGGACUCUAGCUGGCAACCCGAUCAACGACACAGUCAAGAACCGAGUCGACUGUCCCGGUAUUGGAGACAAUGUCUGUCCUGUGCUUUUCAACAACCAAACGGAAGUAGUGCAGACAUACACCACCUACCUUCGCAACGCCUCCUCGACUUUCCUCUCCCUCGGCGCCCGCGUGGUCAUCUCAACCUCAACCCCCAUAAAUCCUUACUCGACCGGCAUAUUCUCUUGGACGCCGACCAUCUACGCGUGGUACUCGUGGUACGUCGUCGAAUCCCUCGGCGGACCCGCAGCCGGCAUCUACUACGUUCCGCACGGCAACUACAGCGCCCAGGCCCUUCAGGUGCAGGGUCAGCAGGCCGCUGUCGAGGGUUACCCGAUGGAUGCCGUGCACAUGUCGCCGAAGCUGGCGGACUCGUUUGCUGGGGCUUUCGUGUUGGGACUCAAGUGCGGCACGUCGCCUCUGCAGGAGUAUGUUGUUAACGCGACAUCAAGACUGGAGGGGGAUAGGCUGGGAACUUGCCUCCAGGUCAAUGCCACGCUGCCCAUUUAA